AUGUAAAUUUUUAAUCUAAUAAAAAAUAAUUAUAUUUUAAGCAUAAUCUAUUGCCUAGGAGGAUUAAGCUUUACAUAUAAAUUGAUCAGAAAUUAAAUCAAACAAAUUUAAUAACUUUUAAGAAAUAAGAAAGUCUAUUACAAACCAACACCUUAUAAUGAAAUCAUUUAAACAAAAGAAAAUGAAUCCGAAUCCUUAAUAUUCCUUAAAUAGCAAAUAAUUUUUGGAAAAGUCAAACAAUUACGCUCAGAUUUCUUACCUUAAACUAACAUAUUAGAAGAAAAAUACCUAUCUGUGAAAAAAAAAAAUACUUGUACAAAUGAACCAUCCUUCUUUUUAACUGAUUCUAAAAAUCAAUUAUUGGAAAUCAAUUUACAUUCAAAUAUACAUUUCAAAGAUAAUCUUUAUUAACCAGUAGAAUAGAGGGAUGAGAAAAUCUAGAAUAAAUUAAAAAUACUUGGAUAUAAUAAAUUGUUUAUUGCUAGUUUCUCAGAACAAAGAAUUAAGGUAUUAUAAUAUUUUAGUAAUAGUUUGGUACUCCAAUGGUUAUUAUUGGAGAUUUAAUUUUUAAUAAAAAUACAUAAUCGAUUAGAUGUUAUAAACAAUAUUUUAUGGGAGAUUUGAAAACUUUUAAGUCAUAUUUACAAUCAUCAACUAUCAGAUAAUCAUGCUAUUUGAUUGUUAGUUUGCUUAGUUUUGCAUAUUUUUGUAUUUACUUUUAUAAAAUUCAUAAGAGAAAUAGGUAAUAAUGCACUAAACUUACAAAAAUUACUAUUUCUAAAGGAAAUGAUUCAUUAUUAUGUUAAGAAUGUAAAAAAUAAUUGAUUGAUACAUUUUUUUCUCCUUGUGGACAUUUUAAUCAUUGCUAUGAUUGUGCUAAGCCAUUUCAGAAUUGUCCUAACUGUGAUGAAUACAUUGAAGAGACAAUAAAAACUUUUAAAAAUUGA